AUGAUUCAUGUCUUCAAGGAACAAGAGCAUCCUCCCCCUGCUGGGACCGGUUAUGAAGAAGGCUUCAAGCGCGAGGCUGCGACUGAGGCUCGGCACACGCCUCCCGCCAAGCCCGAUCCCAAGGCGCGUGUUGCGGUCCGCCGCUCUCAUACGCCGCAAUCCAACAAGAACCCGGAUCUUCGGGAAUUUGCGAUCUAUAGCCACCUGAUGGCAGCAUUGGAUCUCAAGUUGGUGGUGGCAACACCGUAUUCCAGCGCGAGGAAGCAGAAAGUUGAUCGUGCACCGCCAUGUACGAACUCGGUCGUGGGUCCGGUGGUAUUCCUGAAGGUCGAUAUGCACCUUCACUGGCUCCAUUGGCAAGACUACGAGUCCCCGGACGCUCCACCCUACACUCGCCAGUCGUCUCACGACCUUCUUGAAUUUGACGAGGAAGAACCCGAGGUCGAGUUCGUGUCCGAACGUCCUCUCCCUGUUGUCAAGACACCAUCAAAGCCUUCUGCUAAGGCUAAGGGAAAGGGAAAGGCCUCGCUCUAG